GGAGGUAAGGUGUCCUGCGGCUGGGGCCCCAAGACCUGGUGGAGGUAGCCAGAACUGCCCCAGGGAUGAGGACUUUGAAGAGGCAGGAUUCCUGAGUGUUCUUAGGAGCAGGGGGAAUUUCUUUAAAAAGAGAAUCACUUCUGCCUGCCUCUCCUAAAAAAGGAAAAAAAACGGACGAAGAAAAUGGGAGGGGCUGAGAGCCCAGUGCCUGGGUCUUUUCCACUCCUUUUCCUGUUUCCUGGGAGGAGAGUUCAUGAAAGGGCUUUGCCUUUCAAGGGGAAAGAUAGUAACGAGAAACACAUGCUGAUGAGACAAAUGUAUUUGAGUUUAAGAGGGUUCUGGAGACCAGAGUCAGAUGUUGGAGACCAAAACCAGCAGCAGACAGAAAGCCAAGGAGAUAGGGAAGAAAGAGUUUCCCCUUGAAAUAGGGAGUGAGCAGUAAAUGGAGAGACAGAAUCCUUGCUCCUGGAAGUUGGCUCCUUGCCAAUUCAAUAGCCUAUUCAGCUUUGUGCCCCCAAUGCCUUGUAUGGCUCCUGGCACAUAGCAGGAGCUCACUGAGUAUUUGUUAAACUGACUUGAAAUAUAUCUUGACAUUAAACAGCAGGAGUACCUACAUUAUGAAUGGAGAGAUGUAUGUGGAGGCACAGUGUGACGAUGAUGGAGGAAAGGCCCUGUUCAUUCAUCCAUUCAUUUAUUCAUUCAACAAACAUUUUUUAUUGUGGUAAAAUAUAUAUAACAUAAAAGUAACCAUUUUAAAUCAUUGUUAAGUCUACAGUUUAGUGGCACUAAGUUUACUCACAUUGUUUAGAACCAUCACUACCAUCCAUCUCCAGAAAUUUUUCAUCCUAAUCGAUAAACAUUUAUUGAGAAUCUAUGUGCCAGACUCUUCAAGGUGCCACAGAUCUAGUAGGGGAGAUAGACACAAAAAUCAGCAAUUCUAACCCAGUGUGAUAAAUACCAUAAAAGACACAGGCUGGUGCCAGUCCCGUGGCAUAGUGGUUAAGUGCGUGCGCUCCGCUGCUGGCGGCCCGGGUUCGGAUCCCCAGGCGCACACCGAUGCACCGCUUGUCAAGCCAUGCUGUGGCGGCAUCCCAUAUAAAGUAGAGGAAGAUGGGCACAGAUGUUAGCCCAGGGCCAGUCUUCCUCAGCAAAAAGAGGAGGAUUGGCAUGGAUGUUAGCUCAGAGCUGAUCUUCCUCACCAAAAAAAAAAAAGACACAGGCAUAAGGUGCUAUGGGAGUAGAGAAGAAGGACUCAGUUGGUUGAGGGGAGGGGCUUUCUGAAGGAGCUGUUAGCCAAACUGAGUCUUGAAGGAGAACUAAGAACUCGUUGGGACAUUAGAGAGAGAGCUGAUAUGGUGCACAACGGAGUGGAUGAAGCAAAGUGAGAUGGCAGAAUGAAAUCCUUGAAACCCUGAGGGUCACACCAGGCAUGGGUAGAGCUGAAUUGCCCUUGAGGGAUCCUGCUUUGGAGGAAGCCAAAGGUGACAUACUGACCCCUCUGCUCCCCAUUGUCAGCAUUAUGUCUUCCCCCAACCCUGAGGACACCCCCCAAGAGCCUGAGCCCUCAAGCUCCAAGAAAAAAAAGAAGAAAAGAAAGUGGCCACAGCAAGAGGCCAGCAUCCAAACCCUCACUAAAGCUGGCCACAGGGCCCUACUGGCUGGCCGGAACCAUGAGGCCUUGAUCAGCUUCCAGAGGGCCUUCCUCUUGGCCUCCGAGGCCCCCCGAGAAAGGAACACCCCUGUUCUCCGGGCCUGUGCCUUCAACCUGGGGGCUGCCUAUGUGGAGACUGGGGACCCAGCCAGAGGCCUUGAGCUGCUCCUGCAAGCCCAGCCUGAAGAGAAGGCACAGGGCGGGUGUCAUGGCGACCAGUGUUUCAAUGUGGCUUUGGCCUACCAUGCCCUGGGCGACCUGCCUCAAGCUUUGGCCUGGUACCACAGGGCCCUGGGCCACUACCGGCCACUCGGUGACCAGGGGCAAGCCCAGGCAAAAAUGGGAGCCUGCUACCAGGCUCUGGGACAGCCUGAGCUAGCAGCCCACUGCCUGCAGGAAGCAAGCCGGGCUUAUGCCCAAGCAGGGCAGCCCCGGGCUGCAGCCCUGGCACUGGGGGCUGCGGCGGGGUGUAUGCUGAAGAGCGGGCAGCAUAGGGUGGGGGAAGUGGUGCAGGUACUGGAGGAGAGCCGGAGGCUUGCUGAGAGGAGUACCGAGCAGGGCCCACUGGGGCAACUCUAUAAUGACCUAGGCCUGGGCUACUCCCAGCUCCAGCUAUUCCCGCUAGCAGCAGAGGCCUUCCUGCAGGCCCUGCCCCUGUGCCGGGGGCCAGGAGAGGAGGCCACGGUGCUAAGAAACCUUGGGAUGGCCCACAACGCCCUCGGCAACUAUCAGGAAGCUUGGGAGCUUCACCAGAGGGCUGCCGACCUGCACGGCUCUGUGGGGCAGCGGUGGGAGCAGGGCCGGAGCUUUGGCAGCCUGGCCUUUGCACUGAGCCAGCUGGGGGACCACAAGGCCGCCAGAGACAACUAUCUGCACGCUCUGCAGGCUGCCCGGGACACUGGAGACAUGAAGGGGCAAUGGCAGGCCUGUGAGGGUCUGGGGGCUGCUGCAGCCAGACUGGGGCAGCAUGAUCAGGCCUUGAAGUACUAUAAGGAAGCACUGGCCCGGUGUCAGAAGGAGCCAGAUUCUGUGCGAGAGCGGCUGGUGGCCAAGCUGGCAGACGCCCUGAGGACCUACUUGGCCCGGGGUGGGCUGAUCCCCACUCACACCCUGACCUCAGCUCCACGGAGGCCCCAGGCUCCAGGUGGGGCCUGCCUGUCAGCAGGCACCCCAGCCAGGGUGGGAAGGGACACAGCAGAAGCGCAGCACAGAUCUUUGGGUGGGUGUGAAGACGAAGAGUUAGAAGAGGGCCAUGAGGAGAAAGAGGAAAAGGGGUCGGUAAAUGUUCCUGUACAGUCCUCUUGGGCGUGGAGACCGGAGCGUCCAGGACCCAGGGCCCAUGUCCCAUUUGGAGGCCAAGGCCCCCUCAGGAUGGAGUACUCUGGCAUUCUGGUACCCAAUGGUCCCCAAGCCAAUAGCAAUCUGAACAACCUUCACCCAGCUCUGGAGGCCCAGGGUGUCCCCUGCCUCCUACACGACCUGACUGUGGGCCUCAGAGAAAAGGGGAGUCCUGCUGAAUGGGGGGACAUGCAGCUUAAGCCCACUCCCUCUUGCCCUGGAGCCCACCAGCAGAGGUCAUCCGAAGGGCCCAGGAAAACCUCCAGCAGGAACCCUCAGAGGAGACCCACCGAGUCUGGCUUCUGCACGAUCAUGUGACCCUACCCUGCUGGCCAUGGCCCUGGCCGCUGUGCUGCCUCCCCAACACACACACAUUCGCAGUUUCUGGGACCGAUCCUCUUCCCAGUUGUUCAGCGCUGCAUGGACAUAGAACACAACACGGUCAGCUCUGUAGUGGGCUCUGCAGUCUCAGCACUGAGGCAUUCAGUUUGCUCCUCACUGGGAUUUUUGGACUCAAUAUGCACAAGAUAAAAGGGAAAUGGAUGCUGAAUUUCCCCCUUUUCUUUCUGGAUCCAGACAUCAUGACUGCUAGGGCCCUUGCCAGUUCGAAAAACUAUGACUUCUUGGUCAAGAGGCUUUGGAGUCACUAACUCUCUCCAGACCUCCAUUUUCUCAUAUGGGAAAUGGGGCUAUAAUACUACAGAAGACCCAUCCUAACGAACCAAGGCACUCCGCUUCUUCCAUGAGACCCAGGGGAUGCUGGAUGCAGGCCCCUCAGGCCCGUAGCCUGGAGGACAACUGCUGCCAGCAGCCACAACGAUACUUUGUAAUAUUUAUUGAUCACUUAGUACCUGCCACAGGCUGUUCUAAGUGCUUCACAGAUGUUUCUCCUUUAAUCCUCACAACAAGCCCAUGAGGCCCUAUUAUUACCCUCUUUCAUAGACUAGAAGAAGGCAUGAAGGUUAAGCAGUCUGUCCUCCCAGGUGACACCGCUAGUAAGUGGAGAAGCCAGGAUUCAAACGAGGCAACGAGCCCUUUCCAGAAUGUGCAGUUCCACUCCCCCAGUUAAGCUAUUGCUUACCAAGAGUUGGUUAUGUUUGAUACCAAAUGUGUUUAUGCUGGUUGUGUGUGUUAAUUAUAAUUUGUAAUUUAAUUAAAUAUUAUAUAAAUUGGUGAACUAAGUAUGUGAAAACAAGCACUGUUUCUACGAAAACUAAGUUGAAUCCUUAGAAGACUUGAUUAAGGUGAGUCACUUUAAAAAGUGCUGUUGAGAGGCCGGCCCUGUGGCUUAGCGGUUAAGUGCGCGCGCUCUGCUGCUGGUGGCCCGGGUUCGCAUCCCGGGCGCGCACCGACGCACCACUUCUCUGGCCAUGCUGAGGCUGCGUCCCACAUACAGCAACUAGAAGGAUGUGCAACUAUGACAUACAACCAUCUACUGGGGCUUUGGGGGAAAA